UUCUAGCAAAGCAUGCUGUUCCUCUGUUUCCAGCUGUUUAUUUUCCUCAACCUGAAUUUAUCCAGAUGUGAGGACAAGAGGAAUUCGAUCAUCUCCGCACUGGAGAAAGCAAGUUUGUUCCUGGAAGAGCAAUAUAAUGAACUCAACAUAGAUGGAGUGCUUGGAUAUCGUCUGUUGCAAGCGUAUCUGAAUGGAACAUUGGAGAAAUGGGCCUCGGUGUCUGGAUUAGAGUCGGAGCAAGUGCGAGUGCGACGCUUGGAUGCGAAGGUGUCAGCUUUGAUCGAAAAAGCAAAGCAUGCUCUAGAGCAGAACGAGCCAGAUUCUUACAGAGCAUUUCAUCAAGCUUUAAGCCCAGGGUUUUGGAAGAUUCCCCAUCAGUGGGCUCGGAAUGACCCUCCUGUUUCUUUCUCCCCAACCAACGGCUCAUGUCUGGACUUGGGAACAAGCGAUUCCUGCAUAUCCAGCCUGCUAGGAUCAGGGGCCGGUGGCACACCUUGCCUUGUUCCAGAUAACUGCAGAAACAUCAUGAUAAAAACACACUGCUCGGGAUACGGCCUGUCCCACCAGCUUUUCUACUUCCUGUUUGCAGAGAUGAAAGGAUGCUCGGAUCCUCUCUUCCACAAUGCACAAUAUUACAAGAGUGUGUUCUGUCAUUUAAUGAUGCAAAUCAAUGUCUACGCUGAAAGGCAAGCGCUUCUAGGGACCAUGGGAGACCUUUUUACGGAAAACAUUUUGUUUUGUGGCCUGGCUGGAUUCUCCGACUUCUAUAAACCACAGUGGCUGGACAUCAUUCUCAACUGGCAAAAAAAGGAAAGAGGAUGUUUCUGGAUGUUUGACUCCUUCAGCCCAGUUUCUGAAGACAAUCACAAGGAAGCACGAAGAGUUAAGAGAACGGAGAAGAUUCUUGAAGGUGAAUGCUCUUCUCACAACACUGCCGUGGCCGUAGGAGCGAUUGGAGGAUUUCUCCACUACGAGUUCUGAUGCUUUUCUGCUUCUUUUUUCUUAUGCCACCGAGCUUAACUUUCUGGCUUUAUUAUGCAGUGCAGGAACCGUUCAAAAACCAAUCGCUCUUCUCUCUAGGUACAUUUUGGGUGCUAGUCAACAUGACUGUGCUCUCAACAUCCCGGUCAACAAGGGCGCUGGAAAAAUCAUCUUCACAUUGUGGGGUG